AUGAGGAGUAUUCAUUAAUAUAAUUAAGGUUUGUAUAAAAUUUGGAAGAUUAUGAAAAAAGUAUAUACAGUACCAACCCCAAGAGAAUAGAAACCAAAGGGAUAAUAGAAGAGUUAAAAUGAUGUGAUAAAGUAAACGUAAUUUGCCUAUAUUCCUGAUUAACCCACUUAAAAAGAAUAAUCAUCUAAGAUGGCUCGACCAUAUUUAAUGUUCAAGCCUAAGUUAGUUGAGGAGAUAGACGAGAACAACAUGAAAAAGAUGAAACUUUCAUUUCACAAUUCAAUAACUGACUUAUAAACUUUUGAGGAAUUAGCAAAAGAAUCACAGCAAAGAGAAUCAACUCCGAAUUUAAAUCUAACUCCCUAAGAAAAGACUAAGACAUUUGUCAGAAAGUCUAUGAGACACUUAACUCAGCUUUGAAAUAAAUAAAUUUCGUGAUAAAUUAUAUAUGUAUGACUUAUUUAAGUCUUUUAAUAUUGAAUUUU